GCUUUCGUCAGUUGUAAACAAAGACAGGGUAGAAUCUUAGCAGCUGUGACAUUCAGUUUAUUAUGCAAAGCCGAAAGUUUGUUGUGAUUCGCCGAGCCCGAAGAGCAUAUUUCCAAACUGGGAAACCGUUUUCCUAAUCUUAAUUUAUUGUUGUUUUGAUUUUUCCGGCUCUUUUGCGGCUCUUUUGUGGCCCUUUUUUCCCUACAGGUUACUGGAACGGCAUGCCAUAUUAGCUUCGUUAUAAUCUUCCAAGGACGCUUGAGCGAAACUUGGUUUAUCUUGUACCCACACCCCGUCGAAGCUGCCAUCCAAAACUUAACACCACUAGGCUAAUAGACGGCGAUAUUGCUGAAAAAGUGAAAACUUGUGAAAGUAUUUGGUUUGUUUCCCAAAACGGAUAGACGGAGACCUCCAACUCUGAUCUGUCAAAGCGGGAGGUAAACAAAAUGUGCGGCGCUAGCCCAGUUGUGCCAUGGCAACCUCAAGUGGAGGGGUGGAGCGGCCUAAUCGGGAAAACGUUCUCCACGCUGAUUGGCUGCCUCGGUGUGAUGGCUCGCUCUUGCGAGAACCGUUGCUCAAAAGUGCACGCCGUGCCAAGGACACAUUAUUGCGGAGCAGUAAACAAAGACUACCGACUCCCGGUGCACGGGUGGUUAGAGAUCAAGGGUGGUUGUGUAUCCGCUGCAGGUGUUUCCGCGGCUGCGCUUCUGAUUCCAUUUCCAGUCUCGUGCAUUUGCAGAUGCACACGCCGAUGGCAAGAGUAUCCUGUGACGUAUGCGAAAAAAGACAAUACUCUCUUCAGCGGACAGAACAAUCGCAGCAUUUAGCAGGCACCGGCUUCCGUGUAAAGACGAUGUGCAUACGAGGGAAAGAAUGUAGUCUGCUCUAGCAACUUACACUACUAUUGUUCUCCCCAUCUGGCUAUGUUUUUCUGCCAGAGCAAGUUUGCAGGGGCGGUUGGAAGACAGAGCAGUGAUGCGAUCCCCUUGUGGACCAGAGGGCAAUGUGCGGGACGAUCAAAGGGGCAGCUGGAGGGAAAAGGGAAGGAGGAAGAAAAAAUAGGGAUGGCA